GAGGGAGGGAGAGAGAGAGAGAGAGAGUUUAUAGUCAUGAUGUCCUACAUGAAGCAGCCUCAUUACUCGGUGAACGGCUUGACUCUGUCCGGUACCGGGAUGGAUCUCCUGCACUCCGCUGUCGGUUACCCCAACACUCCGCGGAAGCAGCGGCGCGAGAGAACCACCUUCACGCGCGCGCAGCUCGACAUCCUCGAGUCACUGUUCGCCAAGACACGCUACCCAGACAUCUUCAUGAGAGAGGACGUGGCUCUCAAGAUCAACCUGCCCGAGUCCAGAGUCCAGGUGUGGUUUAAGAACCGUCGUGCGAAGUGCCGUCAACAGCAGCAGCAACAGACCAGCGGCCAGACCAAACCCAGACCGCCGAAGAAGAAGUCGUCUCCGGCCCGAGAGCCCAGCGUCAGCGAGCCCAGCGCCAGCACCAACGGCCCCUACAGCCCUCCGCCUCCUCCGGCCCCGAGCUCCAGCUCCACCAGCGCCACCGUGUCCAUUUGGAGCCCGGCCUCCAUCUCUCCGCUUCAAGACCCGCUGUCGGUCUCCAGCACGGCCUGCCUGCAGCGCUCCAGCGCCUACCCCAUGACCUACAGCCAGGCCCCGGCCUACGGGCAGAGCUACGCCGCCUCCUCGUCCUACUUCACCGGGCUGGACUGCAGCUCGUAUCUGUCCCCCAUGCACCCGCAGCUGUCGGCCACAGGGGGCGCUCUCAGUCCCAUGGGUGCAGCGCUCAGCCAGUCCCCCGCCUCGUUCUCGUCGCAGGGCUACACCGCCGCGUCGCUGGGCUUCGGCGCCGUCGACUGCUUAGACUACAAAGACCAAACGGUGUCCUGGAAGCUCAACUUCAACGCUGCGGACUGUCUGGACUACAAGGACCAGAACUCCUGGAAGUUCCAGGUCCUGUAGAGCAUCUAGAAGAAGCUUCGCUGCACUUCUAAAAGGCUCCAACAUGGGUCAGCGAUGCCAUAAACAGACGGUUUUUGGUUCCCCAAAGAAUCUUUGAGUGAACAGUUCUGAAAAAAGUGUAAAAGAAUCUGCUGG